AUGGCGCUUGUCUUGUAACAAUGUCGAGGCGAGAGGAACUCACAACGCGAUCUGUUUUAAUUACAGGUCUCCCGGGCAAUGUUAAUGUCUUGGAGUUUGUGAAUGCUUACUUAUCUCAGAUUGGUAUCAAGACGUCAGCUGAAACUGUGGACUAUGUCGGUGAACGCGAAGAGACCCAGGGCAAGCGCGGAUAUGUUGUGUUACUUAAAUCAAGGAUCGAUGCACGCAAGAUACUGGCCGAGCACCUGAUGUCAGAGUGUAGGUAUGAGGGAGGCGUGUCGACAAUAUCGGCGGUGAGGUGUCCCGACGAGCUCAUACCCGAACCUUGGCUGGAAGAUCCUCCACGUUACAGCACGGUAUCUCCAGGCCAUGGAUCAAAUUCCCCAUAUCAGACACCUGGUAUUGGGUAUCUGGCGCAUCUGCCAAUUAGAGAUCAUCCGACUGCUGCCCAAUCCUCACAGUUAUCUCCAGAGACACCUAGAAUUCCCCAAGGCCCACAACAGAAUGACCAGGGACCCAGAAAUCAAGGGCCACAGGACGCUCUUCAGAACAUGAUCCCAACCAGAGAACCUGGUGGAUCACCAAGACUGCAACAUAUCGAAUUCACACAGAACAUCCAACAAGGACCUGCUCGACAGAUGCACCUAGUAGGUCCUCCGCAGAACAUCCAGACAGUCUUUCCUGAGACAUAUCCACAUCCUGACACUGUACAGCCAUGCAAUUAUGACCAUUGGAAUCUCCCGCAAAACCCGCAACACCCACAACACCCACAACACCCGCAACACCCACAACACCCACAACACCCGCAAUACCCGCAACACCCACAACACCCGCAACACCCGCAACACCCACAACACCCGCAACACCCGCAACACCUACAACACCCACAACACCCACAACACCCGCAACACCCGCAACACCCACAACACCCGCAAUACCCGCAACACCCGCAACACCCGCAACACCUACAACACCCGCAACACCCGCAAUAUCCUCAAGCAACUGGACACCCUCAAUAUGGCAAUCCUGGGAGAAUUCCACAACCAGAUCCAAAUAACUAUUUCCCAUUCCCACGUGGGACCUAUCUACCACACCAACCACAUCCAACACAGGGUCAGCACUACAAAUUUCCAAUACAAGGUGAACCAUACCAAAAUCCAACACCAGGUCAACCACACCAACAUCCAAAUAAACCCCAGGCAUACCAUCAUCCACCACUCCAACCAUACUAUCAAGAACCCUAUCCACCAGCUGAACAAUAUCCACCAGGAAGCUACCCAGGAGCUCAAAACUACCAACAAGGACGCCAAAUGCCUUCUCCCCACCAAUUGUUUGGGGCACAUCUCCAAGAGCAGACAUAUCCUUCAACAAUACCCAAUCAACAACGAUCUGCCUCUGAACACCCAGGUCCCCAACCUAUCCAGGACUCACACAAACAGGAUGAACUGAAGCGUAGAGCCACACCAGAGGACUGUCCCACUAUCCUGGAAGUGAAAGGUAUACUGCCCUCAAUGACUGAGGAUAGUGUGAAGCUGUAUUUUGAAAACAGGCGGAGAAGUGGUGGAGGAGAGGGAGAGGUGGUUAAGGUGGAUAUGAAGAAGGGGAAGAACAAGGCUCUGGUCUUCUUCAAAGAUCCUGAAACUGCAGAACGUAUCCUCAAAAUGAAGUCCCAUCUGAUUAACAAACAACGUGUGGAGGUGUUGGCUUACACGGAACCCCCCUGCCAUACGUCCGCUGCUGCUGCUGAUGAUGAUGAUGAUGACGAUGAUGAAGACGAAGAAGAUGAUGACAAACAAGAAGAGAGCACUAUUGAAGUCCGGGGAUUUAAACCUAAUACAAACCCUGAAACUCUGGAACUUUACUUUGAAAACACUAAUAGAAGUGGAGGCGGAACGGUGACAGGAAGUGAAAGGAAGGAUGAUGUCAUCUUCAUUACGUUUGAGUCUCCAGAAGUGGUCCAAAAUGUACUGAAAAGGAAACACCAGGUCGAUGGAGCAAAUCUGACACUGAAGUUACAUCGCCCAAUACCUUGCUACAAGAACAGGUUUCUUGUGACUGGCGUGAGCAGCACAACUAACAAGGAGAAAUUAAUGCUCCUUAUGGAAGAACGGGCACGUGGAAGCAUCGUUACUGAUGUCCUGUAUGGGGAAGAGCCCGGGAAAGCAUUGGUAACUUUUGAGGAUCACAAUUUCCCAGACUUCGAAAGAUUGCAAGAAGAGUGCAGGAGAAGGAAGUCUGGCGGACAACACAUCAUGGUUCAUAAAGUACCUGUAUGUGACAGUGUGGUUGUAAGGGGACUGAAGGCAGAGUCGACUGAAGACACUGUGCAAUUAUACUUUGAAAAUAUAAGAUCUGGCAACACUGAUGGAAUCCCAGCUACAGCCUCCUUGCACAAUGGUGAUGGGUAUUGCAUUGUCAAGUUUGAGGAUUAUAGAGCCAUAGAUAAAAUCCUUCCAAAGCAACACACGAUUGGUGGUGCAAAACUGACUGUGACGCUUUACAUGGAAUGUCUUGGACUAGGCAGUGAGGAUACGGAUGGAUCUUGGUACACACAACCAAAAACAUUUACUGUUCAAGACCUUGACGAAACCAAAUGUAGGUUUCUGCAAAACUCAAAGACCGAUGAGGAGGAGCUGAAACGGGGACUGAAAGAGCGACAUGCCGAAAUCAUAUGGCUCUCUGUCUUUUCUGCAACGAUGACAUGCACGCUCAACAAGGAUGCCCCAAAUGCUGUCAAGUUAGCAAAAUCUUGGAAAAAAGACACAGAGGACUAUCUGAAAGGUUUUAUUGAUCAAUUUAAAACUGAAGAAUUUACAACCCUUGAACAGAUGUGGGGGGAUGUGAAGAAGAAUUUGACCGAUAUCCCCAAGUCAAAGUCUGUUCUCGUUGAUAUGUCUGAUGCAGAACAUAAGGUGAUAGUAGUCGGUCAUGCCAGAGAAGUACAGCAAGUCGGUACCAAAGUGAAGGAAACUGUAGAAGGCGUAGAGAACGAAUUCAAAAGAAAACAGAAGGAGAUUACUGAGCCCAUCAAAUAUUUGAAGCCACUUCAGCUCCAGCUCCUUGUGAUGGAUGGCUAUGUAGCAGAUAUUGGGAAGCGGUAUCCUGCAGAUUUGAAAGUGACCGUCAAUGUCGAACAAAACGAGAUGAUUUUCAAAGGUCAAGUGAACGAAAUCAACGAGUGUAAAGUUUUAAUGUAUGAGAGAUGUACGAGUUACAGUUCACACAGACUUACACUUUCCCAGGGACUGGUUUCCUUUCUAGAUCAAAAGGACGUGAAGGCUAUGGUCAUGAACAAACUGAAGGAUAAGAAGAUCACUGGAGUAUGGGAUAUUGAGAGCAAAAAUGAAACUGUAAUUGUCAUGGCAACGACGGAAGAAAAUGGUGCUUCUCUAGGGCGAACGCUCAAAGAGAUGAUCGUAGAGCAUCAUGAGCCAAUUGAUGAAGAAAAUACCUCCCUUUUGUCUACUGACAAGUGGACAGCCUUUCAAAAAGCAACAGUGGACAGAUAUGGCAGUUUUGUGAGUCUAAACAUUGACCGGAACGCCUCCCAUGUUGUAAUUGUUACCUUUGACAACACAAUUAAUGAAAUCAAAGAGGAGGUUCGCAACUUUAUCCUACAGAACUCGGUGUAUAGGAAGAUUGUGAAAAUGCCCAGCCCAGUCUACAGAUUCCUACGUGUGUAUAGAGAAAGCGAGCUCGAUGAUAUUAGCCAUGCCAUGGUGAAACUGGACUACAAAUCGACACCACAACAGAUAACAGUUAGUGGCUGCCAGGAGGCCCUUACCAAAGGUGUGCAGGAUUUGACAAGUCUUGCAAAGAAGGUAAUUUAUAAGAAACACACCCUCAGGAAGUCUGGGAUCGGAAGGUUCAUCAAUUCUGAGAUUGGGAAAAGAUACAUUGGCUCAACAGAGAAAGAGAGUCAAUGUAUCAUAGAAACGUCAUUUGAUGAAUCAGUCAAAGUAAGAGUCGAAACGAUUGGCGUAAUACCUGCCUCAGUCUCUUCUUCACCACGGGGUAGAAACCCAACUGGGACCAGAGUUAUCGCUAGCUGUGACAUAGACUCGAAAAGAAGGCUUGAUGUUGUCAUAGGUGACAUCACAGCUAUGGAGGUUGACGUCAUCGUCAAUGCAGCUAACAACAGGUUAGAUCACAUUGGAGGAUUGGCAAAAGACAUAGCAAAUAAGGGUGGACCUACAAUUCAACGGGAGAGUGAUGAAUACACUAAGAACAAGGCUUUGAGAGCGGGGGAUGUUGUAACUACUGGUGCAGGACGUCUCCCCUGUAAAAUGGUUGCCCAUGCCGUCGGUCCGUGUUGGUCUGGUGGUCAUGCUGGGGAGGAAGGAGACCUGAAAGAUGCCAUCAUGUUAAGCAUGGAGAAGACAGACAGACAUGGAUACAAGUCUAUUGCGUUACCUGCUCUUAGUGCUGGAAUAUUUGGGUACCCAGGAAAUCUUGCUACAAGGCACAUUGUUGAGGCCAUUAAGAAAUUCUUCACUCUGGAGAGUCCAAACAGCGGCGUGACGAAUGUGUUCCUGAUUGACAUGAGCGGGAAAACCACCCAGCUGUUUGCCGAGGCUCUACAGUUCGUGUUCUGUGAUCGAAGAGUGGCGCUGACACAGAGCAACAAUACAACUGAUUCACGCCCUCCAAUAGCUACAAAACCCAAACCAGUCACUGGUGGUGUCCGUGUCCUUCCAACUCAAGGACAGAAAGCAUCUUCACACAGCAAAGUGACAAUUGUCAAAGGCGAAAUUGCGAAACAAAAAGCUGAUGCUAUCAUAAACUCAACGUCCAACAACCUUGAUCUUAACAACGGAGCUGUGUCCAAGUCGAUCCUGAAAGCUGCAGGGAACACAAUACAGGAUGAGCUGUCAGUGAAGUAUCCCCAAGGAAUAAAGCCGGGAGAUGUUGCUGUCAGUUCUGGAGGAGACUUGGGAUGCCGUGUGUAUCAUGCCUGUCUGUCCACUGCAAGUGCCUCUAGUUCUGAUGUACUUCAGAAUAUCAUUCUGAAGUGUUUGCAAACAGCUUCUGAUGACGGAUGCCGAACCAUUGCCUUCCCAGCCCUAGGCACAGGGAACCUGGGCUAUGCACCUGACUUCGUGGCUCAGACUAUGUACACAGUUGUCAAUAACUUUCAAGAGAGAAGCACCUCACUGGAAGAAGUUCGAGUAGUGAUUUAUCCAUCAGACAAACAAGUCAUCCAGGCCUUUGAAAAGUAUAAAAGACUAAUGGAGACAGGAGAGAUAACUGAGCCAGCAGUUGGGAUAAAGGAUCGCCGUUCUUUCUUUGAACAACUGAACACUGAAGAUUCAUGGGUAUCCGAGACUGAAUCGGACGGACUUCAGAUUGGACGGCUAAACGUUCAGAUCAAACAAGGGGACAUAACCAAGGAGGACGCUGACUGCAUCGUCAACAGUACAAACCCUGACCUGGACCUACAAAGAGGUGCUGUGUCCGUAGCUAUCGCCACAGCAUGCGGAAAAGACAUGACGUCACAGUGCAAAAUGAAAGUGUACGAAAUGAGGCAGAACGGUGUUGUCAGCACGACAGCGAAAGGUCUGAAGUGUAACUACGUCCUACAUGUGGCGGGGGACCAUUUUGGCAAUGACUGGAAGAAAGUUGUCCUCACAUGUUUGAGAGAGGCAGACGAAUUGGGUGAUGCGCGCUCAAUUGCCCUUCCGGUCCUUGGAACAGGUUCUGGUCACGUCAACCCUCAAGAAAUAUCCGAGAUCAUGGUUCAUGCCUUUGCCGAGUUCGAGCCUCAAGCAUCCAACCUGACAGAUGUACGGGUGGUUGUGUUCCAGAAGUCAAUGUUUCUCACAAUUUCGUCUCAGAUGAAGGAAUCAGUGAAAUCAUUGAAUCAACAAUCCACCAUACGAACACCUAAAACAGUUCCAGGGGUUCGUGGGAUUGUUUCAGAAGGUCCCUGGAGCGCCUCCGCCGGCUCUGGUAGCAUACAGUUUGGAAAUAUUACAGUGCAAAUGAAACAAGGGGACAUAACAGAAGAAGACACAGACUGUAUCGUGAACAGCACCAACAUGGAACUGGACCUAAAGAAAGGUGCUGUCUCAAGUGCUAUCAGGAAAGCAUGUGGCAAAGAUAUGGAGUCGCAGUGUGCAAAGAAAGUUGAUGACAUGAGACAGCAUGGCGUUAUCAGCACGACAUCCAAAGGUCUGAAGUGUAAAUACGUCCUCCAUGUGGCCGGGCACCAUUUCGGCAAUGACUGGAAGAAAGUAGUCCUCAGCUGUCUGGAAGAGGCAGAAAAACUGCGUGGUGCACAGUCAGUAGCAUUCCCUUUGCUGGGAACAGGCAUCGGUAAUAUACAGCCUGAGGAUAUUGCCAAGCGUAUGUCACAAGCAUUUGCUGAGUUCGGACCUCAGGCUGUUAACAUCAGCGAUGUUCGAGUAGUUGUAUUCCAGGAAGCAAUGUUAAAACCAUUUGCUGCAAUGGUGAAACACUCGGCAGGCACAGGAGGAAUACCACAGGCACAAUCUAUCAUUACAAGAGGCACCACUUCGACAGGGAGGGUUGAUCUCUUCUUCUUCUCUGACCAAUCAGACAACAUAGCCAAUGGUAUAAGGAACCUGGAAGCACUAUGCAAGGAGGAAUGGAUUACAGAGACAUCACAGGACCAAGUGAUAACAAAACUAACAGACCAUCAGAUUGACUCCUUGCAUAAACGCUUUGAUGUGGAGCUAAGAGUCGACAGAAACAAAGGAGCUAUAGAACUGACAGGACUGAGAGGUGAGGUUGGGCUUGCCACAGGAAAGGUUUUUCAAUACCUACGUGACAUUGAGAAGGAGGAGAGCGAAACAGAAAAGGCGACCCUACUCUCUCGAACAAUACAGUGGGCCUAUUUCAAGAAAGACAGUCCUUCCGAUAAGAAGGACUUUGGUAAGAAGGAAAAUGCAGCAAUCGAAAAGGCAUUUACAGACAAUAAGAAGUCGUGCAAGGUACCUUUCAUGAAGACCAAGAUCGAAAUCGACUUUUCGUCCUUGGAGGGAACAGCAGCAAAGAAAACAUACAAUGUCAUGCGACGAGACCUUUUGCAGGAGGCCAAACAAUCAAUAUUUGACCUACCUCCGAGCUGGCAGAAAAUGGUGGAUGAUGUUAAUAUUGAGUGUUUUCAAGUCGCAGCUGGCGGUGAAGAGUUUAAGACGGUUGAACAAACAUUUAUGUCAACUAUCAACAACAGCAAUGCCAAGGUUCUUCAGGUGACUCGCAUUCAGAACAGAUCUCUGUACCAGCAAUAUGCGGCAAAAAGGAAGCAACUGGAAAAGCAGAACCCCCAGGGUACCCAGAACGAGGCAUGGCUGUGGCACGGUACCAGCACAGAUGCUAUAGGCAGCAUCAAUGCACAUGGGUUCAACAGAAGCUAUUGUGGGAAAAAUGCCACCGCCUACGGCCAAGGAGUGUAUUUCGCUGUUAAUGCCGAAUAUUCUGCCCAAGAUACAUACUCCAGACCGGCCGCACAAGGGCAGAAAUACUUGUACCUGGUUCGAGUCUUGAUUGGUGAAUAUACUUUGGGGAAACAUGGGAUGAGAGUUCCACCGUCCAAGACAGGAAGCACUGGCACUGAGCUGUAUGACUCGGUCGUGAAUGAUAUUAACAAUAUUCACAUGUACGUUGUGUUCAAUGAUACACAGGCUUACCCAGAUUAUCUGGUCACAUUCCAACCUUGAAAUGGUGUAAAUGUGUUGACAAGUUUGUAUUUGUUAGAAACCACUUGUGUUGAAGUAUAAUGUAACCUUUCAGUAAAGUUAGAAGUAUCAAUAUUUUAUUUGAAAUUUUUGAAUAUCUCACAUACAUUAGUUAUUCCGUGAGCAGCAGCGCUCGAACCUGUACAUGUAUUGUUGUGAGUGAGUAUGGUUUUACGUGUUUAUUGAAAUAGUAUCACAUUUAACCUCGCUGCAGAUAUUUUCUUAUUUCAAAGUGUAGUUGUAGUUAUAGUAAUAUUGUGUAUAUUUUGAAAUCAUAUACAUCACGUACCUAUGCAAAAUACAGGCGCCUUGUGUGCGAGAUUGAAGUCUCAAUCACAACAAAUUUCACAAAACGAGUAAAGUGUACAGUUUUAAAUGGGGAAUCAAACUUGCUCUCUGGCUCGUACGUUUGACUCAAUAACUAAAUAUCCAAGCACAAGGCUUCUAUAGUUGAAGUUCGAUGAUGGUAAUAAGAUAUUCAAUACAUCAUUUAUCUUUGGGUGACAAAGAUAAUAUUAAAAAAACAUACAAAAAAUUCAGAAGCUGUUUACAUAUUUACUUAAUUGUUUGUCUGCUUAAUAAGGUUGAAAUUUUGGGAAAUGAACAAAAUAUUUUACUGGUAGUUACUUUUAUAAAGCUGGCCUACAUGACAAGAACUCCAAACUUAGGCAUGUACCUCGAAAUGUUGAAUGUCCCUCGCCAAUUCUCAGGAGGUUGUAAUAGCUCAAAGCUCGUAGAUAUUUAAAGGUUCACUGCGUCAAACAGCAGGUGUUCUGUGAAAGGGGAAACCGAACAAUGUAUGUUUCACAACAUUUGUUUUCAGAACAAGUAUUUCUUCAGUAGAACCUGAAACGACGAGCAGAGGGAAUUUUACAAUAAUUCAUGUUUAAAGACAUAUAUUGCUCUAUUGCUCUGCAACCGAUUGUCCAAAUACUAUCAAACUAUAUGAGGGGCGGUCGGGUAACCUUGUGGUUAAAGCGUUCGCUCGUCACGCCGAAGUCUCGGGUUCGAUUCCCAACAUGGUUACAAAUGUGUGAAGCCCAUUUUUCGUGUCCCCCGCCGACAAAGCGGCGUAAAACCAUACUCACUCACUCGCACUAACUUUAUGUUUCUGGUGCUUCUGAUGCUUGACCUUUUUAUGUAUAUUUACGUUCGUAAUUGAUCAUAUGUCAUUUGUUUGCAUAGAAUACAGUGAGAGUUGGCAUUAUGUAUCAACAUCGUUUGUUGCAUCUUUUUUGAGUGCAUGUCAAAAAUCACGCGGCUGGGCCAUAGUUGGGGUUUUAGGUUUUGUUACAACAAAGUUACGUGAACUUUAAUGACAGUUGGAUAGACACAAUCAUUUUGCUAACACUCCAAUAAUUCGAGUAUGGGUACUAAAACGUCCCAUAAUUUUCACUGAAAGGUCCCCUCCUAUAGUUAAACAAGAGUGGUCACCCUCCCAUAGUAUAGCAUAGCGUAGUGAAUAUCACUUGAAGAUUAGUUUGAGGCAUUAACUUGAUCGAGCUUUGUUUUAAGUAGGAGAAAGUCCUCAAAGUCCCUAACGGCCUCGAACAAGCUUCACGUGCGAAAAUAAUCGCGAGAUUUCGGACAUUCUCCUUUACUUACACAUGUAAGAUACAGCGAAAAGAUAUUGAAAGAAGCGUUAUUAUAAUACGAUGAUAAGCCCCAUCCACUGCCUUCACAUGACAACUGGAGGUAGUAACAACAAUGUUAAUAAACUGAGCUAGUAUCAUGUGGCUUCAUGUUAGGAUACCAAUACCAAUAAGUACCAAUAACCUCCUUGAACCAUUUGACCAAAAAGAAAGAAUGAGAAAGAACGAAACUUGAUAAAAUUAAUAUCUUUUUAUGGAUAACAACUACUUCUUAUUCUUUUUGACGAGUUACGUUUUGUAUACCAAUGCUAAUGAUUUAAUGCUAUGCUUGUCUGAAUGCUAGGUGAACUAAAGCUAUGAUAUACGUGGGUUGAGUGCUUAUGUUUCCUGUAUAGCCCAAUGGCAGGCCGAUCAAAUGAACCUCCAUGUAUACACAUGCACAAAAGUUAAGCGCAACCCACCAUAUUUGUGAGCUGUUACUUUUGGCACUUAAUGAUGACUAUUAUAACGAGAUGUACGAUUGUUAUAAGCCGUAUAUGUAAACCUCAUG